AUGGGGGAAUGUGCAAUUGACUUUGGAAGACAUUGGGAUAAAUUUUUACCUUUGUUUGAGUUCUCCUAUAAUAAUAGUUAUCACUCCAACAUUGGUAUGGCACCAUCUGAAGCACUGUUUGGGAUGGGAUGCAGAUCGCCUAUAGGGUGGUUUGAGGCUGGAGAAGUGCAAUCUUUAGGGGUUGAUCUAGUAAGGGAUGCUCAAGAUAAGGUAAGAAGUAUCCAAGCUAAAUGCCUAGCAGCCAGAGUCGACAGAAGGAGUAUACAGACUGCAAGCAAGAAGAGCAAGCUUAGUCCUCGCUACAUUGGCCCAUUUAUGAUUCUUGAUUGUGUAGGGCCAGUGGCUUAUAUGUUGGAUCUACCACCUAGCUUGUCUAGAGUCCAUUUAGUGUUUCAUGUGUCCAUGUUGAAGAAUUAUCAUGGGGAUGGAGAUUAUAUUAUUAAGUGGGACUCAGUCUUAUUAGACAAGGGCCUUUGGUAUGAGGAAGAACCAAUUGCAAUUAUUGAUUGUGACAUCUGGAAGCUGAGGACUAAAGAGAUCAAGUUGGUGAAUGUUCAACGGAAGAAUCAUUCAAUUGAGAAAGCCGCUUGGGAAACUGAGAAGGGAAUGGGAGGUAGGUAUCCUUAUUUAUUUGACGAUUCAGCUACUACUCUAUUCUAG